CCCUUACUUGAAUGUACUGGAAACGGUGCCUAGAAUCCACACAAGAGUGCAGAACUGUCUCUCAGGUUAAGAACCGAUUCCAAAAGAUGUAUCCCUGAUUACCACACGUAUCUUUCAUUUCCAAUGUUCCCCAGAGAACAUAACGUUUUGGUUUCGGGAAGGAAUCACAUAAUUUGAGUUCGAAACCCAUUCAUCACCGAUUCACCGAAAACUCUCACCAAAUUUUUUCUCUUUCAAGAUUAAAGCGACACCCAAUUGGUUAUUGCCCCACAAUAACAUUUAUGAACAGUAUUUAGGGCCUUGAUACAUUGUUGAUGGGACAAAUCUGUGCAUACAAUUGAGGUUGUAAUGGAGCUUGAUUUGAAUCAGGAGUCUUUGGGCAAUAUAGAAGAGCGUAUUAGACGCCUAGAAGCAGUAGUUUUCAGGGCAAGGCAGCGUCAGAGGCAGCGACAGGGUCACGCUCCAAUUCAGAUAACUAACUUUGCAGGAGAAUUGAUAGCAGCUAAUGUUCAAGAUGAAGGCAUUGUGAGCCAGGAAGAGGCUGGUAUUGAUAUUGAAAGAGAGAUUGUGGAAGGUGGGAAAAGGGGGAAACGCAAGGCUACCUAUUUGAUUGGUAAAGCAUUAGGCGUUGAAACAUAUACCGAUGAGGCUGGGGGUUGCGCUGGAAAUUUGUUUGAUUGUAAUAUAUGCUUGGACAUGGCAAGAGAUCCUGUUUUGACAUGCUGUGGUCACUUGUUUUGUUGGCCAUGCUUUUAUAAGUUGCCAUAUGCUUAUUCAAAUGCAAAGGAAUGUCCAGUUUGUAAAGGAGAGGUCACUGACGAAGGUGUUAUCCCAAUUUAUGGCAAUGCAAAUGUUGAUAGCAGUGGCCAGUUGGAACUGAAUGAAACUGAAUUGAGAGUUCCUGCUCGACCCCAUGCGCCUCGAAUUGAGAGUUUUAGACAGCGGUUCAGAAACCAGGUAGCUUCUUUUACACCGCAGGAUAUGCUGCGGUUUGGUAGUUUUUCUGGUGGGUUAGGAGAAUAAGUUCAGUUAGAAAUCCCCUAUAGUGCAACUGAUAGAACUAGUGUUUUGUUCUCUCAACCUCAUCUGGAGACAGAAAAUAACUAGCAUAGUCCUCAUCAAUUUUCAAGAUUGUUUGUGUAAGGAGCUUCUUCUUUUGCAUCCCUUUCAUUAGCAAUUUCUGCAAUGGAUUCUGCCAAAAGAUUAUUUGAGGAGCUUGAAUCAUAUAAUCCGUAGUCUUCCCUUGAGAUGCAUCAUGCAUCAGGUAGCCAAUUCAUCAGUCUGUUGAUAGACUCACCUUUUAGAAUUGCUGCUAUAAACCAAUCAGAAGUCAGCACACUGUUUUAAACACAAAUUUUAUUAUUAGCUAAAAGUUUAUUGGAAAUUAUAAAAAUUAUGAGUCUACUCUUAUUUUAAAGAGUGUCACUCAAGCUUUUGUAGUUUCUAAUAAAUUUCAGCUAAUAAAUAAGAGUGUUAGAAAGAAUGUAGUAAAAAGUGUGUUGCUAGCUCUCCUCAACUGAUAAAAAAUUCAUAUGCUCUAGGUGUUGCUGCAACCAAGUUUGCAGCCAUAUCUUGUGAUUCUCCUUUAAAUAGGAAUAAAGGCAUUUAUGUUGUUACAGUCUCCAAUAUCGAGACAGUCGAUGGUAGUAUGCAGAUUAUUUCAUCUGACCGAAUUCCUGUAGAGCUAAUGUUUUAAUAUGAGUUUCAAAUAAGCCCAAAAGUAUAUGGUUUACACAUAUGAUGGUCAUAUAUGGAAGGAGAAUUGAUAUUGUUGACAAAAGUUUACUAUUUAUAUGUGUGUACUUAAACUUAGCCACAUUUCUUUUUCUGAAACAAAAUAUGCUUUCUAAUUUUGUGUAUAAAGUGGAAACAACCAUUUGAUCAAUUUGUAUCAAGUGUCGUCAAUUUUAUUCGAUGGAUAUUGGAUGUUUAC